GGGCCUCUUCUCCGCCUGCCUUCUUCGUUUCUACCUUUCAGGCUCGGGCCGUUCCGACGCUCUCAACCACCAUCGCCGCACGCACCCCGAUAGGGUUUCCGUCGCCGGGGCCAUGGCCGACGCGGCGCCGUCCAUCCCCGCCGCGAUAGCCUCCCUCCAGACCUACUCCACCGCCCUCUCCGCCUUCACCGCCGCGUGGCGCGCCGUCGAAUCCGACGCAGUCGGUCUCGACUCCACCCUCGCCUCCCGCCUCGCCGGCUUCUCCAAGCUCGAGCUGCUGUGCUCCGCGAUGGACGGCUCCGGCCUCCGCGGGUACCUCACCGAGCACAGGGACGAGCUUAGGGAGCCCGCGCACGACCUCGACGCCGCCCUCCUGGUGGCGCCCGACCCGGGGCUCCUGGUCCUCUCCGCGGCCGCGGGGUUCUGCCGCGCGCCGCCGGAGGAGGCCAAGAGCGGCGGUGACGUCAAGGUGUCCUGCCGGAUGCUCAUCGGCCUGCUCGACCGGCUGCGCGCGAUUGGGGUGAAGCCGUCGCCGGAGGCGCGCGAGGAGGCCAGAGCUGUCGCGGCGGACUGGAAGCGAGGCAAGCGGAUCGGGACGGAGGUGAUGUUUAAGCAGGAGACGUUCGCCUUCCUGCUUCUCGUCGGGGUGUUUAGGCUGGUGGAUGAUGUUGGCGGCGCCGGCGAGGUGCUCGAUCUUAUCGUGUCGAUCGCGAGCCGGGAGCGCGCCGUUGAUGCGUUCGUCAGCCUUGGGCUCGAUCUCCACGAGCACAUGCCAGUUCUCAUUCAGAAAAUGAUACAAAAAGGCAAACAGCUAGAGGCGGUCAAAUUCAUUCAAGCUCUUAAUUUAGUGCAAAAAUAUCCUUUGUUGCCUGUUCUGCGGUCGUACAUUAAUGAUGCUGCAUUAGCUGGGAAGAUGAUCCGCAUCAGGGGAGAUGGUCUUGCUUCUCAUAAUGCAGCUGAUGCAAAAGAGCGUAUGCUGCUCGGAACAUUGCAGAAGUUCAUUAAGGAACAGAAUCUUGAAGAACUGCCUAUUUUGGAAGAAGCUAACAAGCGAAUGGCACAGUUGGAGCAGCAAAAAGCUGAGAGAAAGCGAGCUGCUGCCGCAGCAACAGCAGCUGCUCAAAAAGUUAGUAAGAACAUUGAGCAGCAGCAGAAGCAGCUACAACAGCUGAUGCAGCCUGCUAAGCGACCAAAACCAGAGAAUGUGGUGCAAGGUUCUUCAGGCCAGAACAUCCAUUCAGCUGGAACCCGUAGCCAACAAAUUACACCAAGGCAGAGCAUCCACGCAGCUGGAGUGCCAAAUCAGUAUCAAGCUUCUUUAACCCAGAAUGCACUGCCUGCAACCACUCAGAUUUUGCAGCUAGAUGCUGGGAGCCAUCGUCCAGUUGGCAUCCAAAGUCAGGUCCCGGUUGUGCCUGUUGUUCCGACUCGGUAUGGUGGCUUGGCAGAUUAUUACGGAGUGACGUCAUCCAGGCCAUAUAGGUCCGGCUCUCUAGCUACUGGACCAAGUGCUCUGAAUGUUCCAAGUGCGCGAGCAUCGUCAAGGUCAAAGCUCUAUUCAGAAGAUCCCCUCGCGGUUGUCUCCCGAUCAUCAGAUAAGAAGGGUUCAUCUUACAGCUAUUCUUUGUCAAAUAUGUCGACGUAUGAUCCUAAAUGAAUAGGAUUUGCUUUGCCUACCGCUGAACUAACCUUGAAAGUUUGGAUUUGAUGCCGAGCUCUGCCCCCUUUGUAAAUGAUAAAUAUUCAUUGUAGAAUACCAAGGUCCUGUUUGAAGCAAAGGAAAUGGAGCUGAAUCUUAUAGGAAAACAUUUCCUACGAA